AUGGCUAGUAACAUGCAGACGGUUGGUAAGAAAAUACAAGGUUCAACUUCAGACAGAAUCAGUCAUCUUCCUGCGAACGUGAUAGAUAAAAUUCUAACAUGCAUGCCAGUUCGGGAUGCAGUGAGAACAAGUAUUUUGUCAAGGAAAUGGAGGUAUGCCUGGGUGACACUUCCCGAGCUUGUAUUUGAUGAUAGGUUCUGCUUCGGAUUGGGAAGACCACCGGCAUACAAUCUUUUGAUGGUUGUUUAUCAAGUUCUGUUGCUUCAUCGUGGACCAAUACUGAAGCUCAAAUUAUGCUUACCUAUUAUACCCGGAAGCCCUGAGAUUGAUCAGCUGCUACUUUUUGUGUCAAACAACGGUAUCGAGGAACUUGUCCUUAAUAUAGGGGGAGAUGAACUUUAUAAAUUGCCAUCCUCAAUUUUUUCAUGUGAACAGCUGAAGCAUUUGGAGCUAAUUUUUUGUUUGUUUAAACCUCCACCUUCAUUUAAAGGAUUUCGCAAGCUCCUUUCCCUGGACCUUCGGAGUGUCGACAUUUCUUUUGAGGUCUUCUCUAGCUUGAUAUCCUCUUGCCCACUACUCGAAAAGCUGAAACUUGUAGAUUGCCCCAGCAUCAAUGACCUUGAAAUUAGCGCUCCUAAGCUUAAAUGCUUAUUUUUUGAAGGUGAAUUCAUCAGUUCUAUAUGUUUCAAAAAUUCCCCAAACCUUGCAAGAGUUUCACUUUAUUGUAGGGAGUCCAUGACUUGUGAAACAUCUAAGUGGGACUCAUUUUUUGCCGAUCUACCUGUUGUUGAGUUUCUGGAGCUUGGUGACGGUUGUCUUGAGUCAAUCUUUGCAGGUGGCGUACCUAGAAGGCUUCCAUCUGUUUUGAGCCAUAUGAAGAUUCUCAAGUUGUAUCUUGAUCUGGAUGAGGUCCCAAGCAUGCUUUGCUUAGUUCGAAGCUCCCCAAACCUCAAAAAAAUUGAAAUUUGGUUACCUCCAACUUCUCAUGAAAUUGAAUAUGAAGAAAGUUUAGAAGGACCUUUAGAUUUGCAAGGAUGGGCGGAUAUCUCUUUGAAUCAGCUAAAGGAAGUAGAAUUGCGAGAUGGCUGUUGCACCAGGUUUGAAUUGGAGUUGGUUAAGCUGGUGUUAGCCAAAUCGCCUAUUCUGGAGAAAAUGGUUAUCGUGCUAGAUGAUUUGAUCCACGGUCUAGAAUCCAAGUUCUUGGAGGAGGUGAAAGGAUUGAAGCCCUUAUCACCUCUAGCUAAAGUCUCCUCAAACACAUUACCAGGAGUGAUAAUGCCACCAAAGACCCGCCAUAUACUGGCUGCAAGCAAAGGCAAAGCAAUUGCCAAAAGUUUCAAUGUCUCCAAAAGGUCACGGGUAGAACCACCGCCGUACCAAACAUAUCUCACUGCCAAUGUCGAGGAAAGAGCUAAGGUCAUUGCCACUUGGACUCUCUAUCGAGAAAGGGAAGUUGAUCAGGUUAGCAUUGCAACCACUGACAUCCCCGAAAUGAUAUAA